UCCUCUACAAUGCCGAGCUUCCUCGCAACUUGCAACUCGCAACAGAAUUGAGAUGGGUAAUUGUCCCAUACGACUUCUUAAUUGCGCAGUCCUAUCUUUCUCACUGCAUCCAUCAUCACGAUGGGCUCGAGAGACAUCAAAGAGACUGGAGAUCCGCCCGCCUUCGGGCACCCAAUGCUGGCGCAGUUUGGCUUUGAACCAACCUAUGUCAAUCUUAACCAUGGGUCCUAUGGCUCCCUUCCUUUACCUGUGCUUAGAGCAUGCGAGGAAAUAUCCCGCAAAGCGGAGGCCAAUCCUGAUCGGUUUUACCGUUCAACCUACGUCCCUUUGUUAAAUACGGUCAGAGCUAAAGUUGCAGAACUAAUCGGCGCAGACACGGAUGACUGUGUCGUGGUGUUCAAUGCAACUCAUGGUGUCAAUACUGUCCUGCGUAACUUGAUUUGGCAGAAAGAAGACAUAAUAGUGAAAACUUCUGUGACUUAUCCUUCAGUUGCUCGAACAAUCCAGUACAUCACGGACGUUCCGCCACAUCCCAAAUAUGUUCCGUUUCAACUGAACUUUCCAACAACACCGUCUGCUAUCAUAGAUGGAUUUCGUGCACACCUCAAGAGUAUCCCGCGUCAACCUGACCGGAAGAUCGUGGCCGUGAUCGAUUCGAUAUCUUCCACGCCCGGAGUCCUGCUUCCCUGGAAAGAACUUGUAAAGAUUUGCAGAGAAGAGGGUGUACUGAGCGUCGUCGAUGCCGCCCAUUCAAUUGGUCAAGAACUUGAUAUCAACCUGAGAGAAACAGAUCCAGACUUUUGGAUAUCUAACUGUCAUAAAUGGCUCUAUGCGAAACGAGCUUGCGCUGUUUUAUACGUUGCCAAGCGAAACCAAGACCUUAUUAGAACUACGCUUCCCACCACGUCUAACUAUGUGUCACCGACCGACCCUCCGGGUGGACCGAAGCCACCAAAUUACCCAGAUCAAUUCAUGUGGGCAGGAACAAUAGAUUGGGCACCAUAUCUGAGUGUCAGUCACGCCCUGGAGUUCCGCCAAUGGGUUGGAGGAGAACAUAAGAUAAAUGAUUACUGUCAUAAUUUAGCACUGUCUGGUGGGAGAAGGCUAGCAGAGAUUUUGGGCACACGGGUUAUGGACGAGAACGGCGAGUUUACUGCAAACAUGGUAAAUGUCCAGCUUCCACUCAAUGCAGAUGGCUCGGAUAAGGUAAUGUCAAAUAUCAUGAGGCGCCUCGAUGGGAAAAACGUGAAUGGCAAGCCUUACUAUCACAAUGGCAAGUGGUGGGUUAGAUGCAGUGCGCAGAUCUUCAACGAGGUUGGGGACUUCGAGGUUCUUGGCGAGGCGCUGCUGGAGAUCUGCAGAGGUAACUUAGAUGGAUGACUGAAAUUGUAU